AUGGAUGGAUUUUCCGAGUUCUACGUUUCUUGCAACCCCCCGUUACUUCCUGUCGGUGUAUCGUCCGUUAUCGCAGAUGUCACAAAUGACUUGGGAGAGACGAUCCUUGAGGUUCUGUAUGAGCCUGAGAACUCUUGGUUUAAGUUCAUUUCCGCUGUUCAAGACCAACCUGCGAUUACUUGUUGGAUGCACAAGCGCCUAUACCAACUACUCGAAACCGAGGUCGGCUUGAUUAAUGAAGGCGGAGAUCAAGACGAAGAUCAGGACGAUGCCAAUUGUCUUGAUCCUAAAGUUCGGCCUGAUAUCCAAGUGCUGACAGAAAGACCUCAUGUUAUUCCUUACCCGUCGCUCCGAUACAUUUCAGCAGAUAUCAUUGAACAGUACGACCCUUUCAAGUACCCCGACCAUAUUAAGCAUCUACCUCACAAAAGAACUUGGCAAGGCCCAGAGGGGUUAGAAAGAGUUACUGUCUCCCGAAUUCUUUCCAAAUUCCAGCUUCUACUACCAGCAUCACUUGGUCCCGAUGGUAUCAAAACGUUGGGAGAACUUACAAAUUGCCGAAUAUCCCAUAAUCUCCAGGGUUCACUAUGCUACAUUGGAACUGACCAGGGUCUGAGUGCACUGGAUGCUGCAACGAGAAAACUCAACACAUUCGCGAGCCUCAUGAAUCCCCCUUCAGCCACAACCUCGCACCUCAUCUAUACUGAGAAGCAAGAGCCAGUGAGAGUGUGCUAUGUCUGGACAACGCAUGUCGGCCUGUCAAAGAUGACAUAUGUUGAUCCUGAGUGCUCCAAUCUGGACGACGAGUACAAACGCAUUGCAGGCGCAGUGACUCUAAGAAUCGGAGUCGCCAACAACAAAGGUUUACCAAUCCCGGAUAGCACGACAUACCCAACUGCUGAGCCUAAGGCUCCCGGGCGCAAGCAAACAGACUUUCAUCCUUUCGAAGGGUACACCUAUGGCAACAAGCGGUCCGGCACAACAGCUGUCAAGGAUCAGAAGCGGCCGCUGCAGUGCUUCCAGACGGAGCAGCCCGGAAUAAGCAAGAAGCAACUCGCCGCCGCGGAGGCACGUUGUGCUCCGAACAUUGUUAAAGAAGCUAUCGACAAGAAUUCCUCGGCUCAUUCUUCUAGACGAAAGCCCAAAGCUCUAAAGAAUACACGGGCAGUUCAAAAAGGAAAAGAUGAGCUCAAAUCUCUACUCCAAUAUCGCGAGUCUGUGGCUAUAUGGCUGGGUGAUAUUGAGCCCGACGAACCCCCUGAAGCUCCAACCGAGGUGGAUGAUGAUGAAGAAGACGUUGUACCUUUUCCGACGUCUUCUCCCAAUCAUCCUCAGUUGAUUGACUUCCAAGACUCAUCUCAAUCACAAGAAGGGCCCGGACAGAAUUUGAUGGAUAUGUUCGAUGGGCCUAUUAAUUAUACAACCCUCGUACCGGAUCGAGUUGCACUAUCCGGUGCGGAUACUACCCAAAGCCCUCCGGUCACCGAUUCUGAGGUUGUUUUCGGUAAACAAAGCGAUGAGCUGAAACAUUUCUUCAACACGAUGAACCAGAAAGCCGCCCCUGAAAGUUCAUGGGCUGAUAUCGCCUCAAGGAAGAAUGCUGCAGCCAAAGAGCAUAAUGAUAUGGACUUUGGGCAGAACGUGCGAGUCAAAGUCGUGCCAGGAAUGGAUACACCCGAAAUUACAAUGGAUAACGAUGGGUAUGUCAAAGUCAGUUUCGACGCAGAAAAAAAGUUGCAUGACUUGAUAGAGGUUUUUCAGGCAGUCCCAGGAAGAGUCAGUAUACAGGCCAAGUUCGGUAGGGUUUGUAUCAAAGGCAUCCCCCCUGCGGAAGUCUACUUGAACCCCUCUCCUAACGGACCUUUCGAGUUUAUCGGUGCCAAAGCCAAAUGGUUGAACGACAACAAUCCCCACGUGGAGUUCUAUCCGAUUCUUACAACUAUCGCCACAGAAGCCAAUUUGAUUCCACAUAUCACAGGCGGGAGAGUCCCAUGGGUAUUGACGGAGAAACGGGUGUAUUAUGAGUUUGUCUGCACUGAAGAAGAUGGAACCCACCCCCCAAAACAGCUUGUUGUGAACGUCGAUGCAGAUACGUUCACUCAUGAGUGCCUUCCUUUGCCACGAGAGACGUCCCAGGCUUUCAUUCACUGCGUACAACAUGCAUGGGAUGUUAAGCUCAGUGUUGUACAUAGGGACAUGGCGCAAGUCACCAAGGAGUUUGAGAAAUUUGCUGCAUCGCUGGUCCAGUCUCUGGACAUCAAGACAAACGAAAUAGGAGAAAUUGUCAUCCAUGUCGAGCCAAAAGAUGCCACGAAAUGGUGUAUCAAUCGAGCCAGGGUCCAUCAUGAGGCCAAGUACCGAAACGGGGCAAAGGGGUCAAGUUACCUUACAACUAACAUGGUUCGUGUGGUCGAAAGAUUCCUCAAUGCAACCCAGAAACUGUAUCGAGGCCAGCUUGUACCAGUGGCUUUGCCCGGAAGUGGACGGGUUGGCCAGUGGUUUGAGGCUACAAUCUCAUCGGUCACAGCCGAGCAUGAACUGCAGGAGAAUGUCGGGCUCGAACUUGGCGAGAAAACCAGCUGGUCCCCUGACAGUCUGGAGCGUCAUGGUACAUUCAGAGCCAUAUGUGAACCCGCAAUACGGAUGGUGCGUCACAUGGAUGCCGUGGGCAACUCGAACGCGAAUGGGCACGGUGUUCAAACUGACCAGCCGUUUUUCGAUGCUGUCGAGGAUUCAAGAAAGCGGGCGAAGAACUAUUCUUACUGGUGA